GUGGCCGUAUGUUUCCAGUGUGUUUUGUCAGCCAUUAUCAUUCAAGCUGUCAUCAGCUUGGUCGAUAUUCACGCGCUGAAGCACAUCUGGCAGACGGACAAGCUGGACUUUGUGGCACUCUUGGGUGCCUUCUUUGGUGUCAUAUUCAUCAGUGUGGAGUAUGGCCUCCUCAUUGCUGACCUUCUCGACCACUUCAGCAUCCCUCCCUGAUGAUAAUAAUGAUGUCUCUCUGCAAGUACCACAUGGGUGCCCCCGAGCUCCAGCAUCAAAGCUUGGCUGUGGAGGUUGGCGCCUGGCUUCCUUCAGCCUCCUUAUGUGAACCGCAGCUCCGGUAUCACCAGCGCCAACAGAUUCCAAACACAAAGAUCUUCCGGAAUGUGCUGCAGUACCCGAAUGCAACAAUGACACCAGGCGUCCUCCUUGUUCGAGUGGACUCGAGUCUUUACUUCUUUAAUUGUCAGUACAUCGUCGAGAGGGUGAGAGAGUUGAUUGUGGAGUCACUCGAGCAGGCAAAGAAGACAGAUAACGAGCAAGCACCUGUGGAGUUUGUUGUUUUGGAGAUGUCGCCUGUCGUCGACAUUGAUGUCACUGGAAUCGUUGCGCUGAAUGACCUCAAGGCAACCCUCAAACACUGGAAUAUUCAGCUGGCACUUGCAAAUCCAAACCACACGGUCCUGGGAAAGCUGAACCAGAGCAAAUUCAUUGAAAAGCUGGGCACAGAAUGGCUGUUUGUGAGUGCAUCUGAGGCAGAGAGGACGGUUUCACGGCUUAGAAAAGCACCAUCUGCUCCAAAAGCCCCUACUUCCGUAAGAAAGGUUUCUAAUACUGCAUGAGAAGAACAAGCACGGCAAUGACUGAGAGUGACAAGGGAAGGAGAGUCCAAUGCGGCUCAGGAACCCAGGAUUGGGUUACAAGGUCAAUCGUUGGAUGCAAGUGGAAACUCCUCGUAAUUGGGAAUUAUCGCCCGGAUCGAUAUGCUGAUUAUCCGGCAGACAGUGGAAAACGCAUAGUCUGCAGAUGGAAGCAUCAAAGUAGGAGGGCAUCUCAGGGGCAGUGGCAGUAUGGUGGAACGGGACGUUGAACACCUCCCUUGACUGCUGGUGUGGUCCACCCAUCGCAACAGGUAUGUGGUGAAGUUUGGAGGGUAACAACUACUUUUAUGGUCAAUUAAUAUCAUCAUCGUUCAUUCAGUUAUCUGUGGCCUGCGGGAUUCGGUGACGAUGUGGAGGCGAGGGCUAUCAUCAUCAUCAGCAGCAGCAGCAGCAGCAGCAUCAACAUCAGCAUCAGCAUCAGCCAUUCAGCAUCAUCUUCUUCUUCUCCUAUAUGGGGUUAGAAAGAGGGAAGGGUGGAGGUAGGGGAGAUGGGGCGAGAAGGGAGGAGGGUGGCUUACGGUGGGCUUUGCGGUUCAUAUGGAAGUGUACCGUGGGGUGGAGGGAUAGAAUUCCCUCCAGUGAGGGGAUCGACUUUAAUUCUGUGGAAUUGAAGUCUUGAGAUAAUAUUAAAAUUUAUUAGAAUUUGAAAGGAAGUUUGAGCUCAGGGAUUUUCCGUGUGCUCAAUUUGUGGGAAACCUGUCUUUUAUAAUCUUUUUAGAUAUUCUACUAUAACAAUUUUAGGUAUUCUACUACUUUUCUGAUGAUAACUGAAUCUCGUUGUCAUUUUGGAAUUACUGGUUGCUACUUUUCUGAUGAUAACUGAAUCUCGUUGUUAUUUUGGAAUUACUGGUUGAAGGUCUUUGGGGAUAUUCUACCAAUUAUAUUCUCAUAUAAUUUUAGGUUUCAACAACUUUCACGUUAUGUAAUAAGGAAUAAGCAUGGUAUAGUUUCUGACCUUGCUUUUCAUCAUCAUUUUCUUCAUCAAAGUUUAAAAUCUUGGUAAAUGGGGAUGGUGGAGCCGUUUUCCAGCUUUUAGCGGGUGUGAUGUCUCGUAAGCCGAACCGGGGUAAGGGCCCCGGUAUCAUCGGUUGUAUAUUGGGCCCUUUUUCUUAGGAAAAAAGGGGAUUAAGAGAGGAAUGCAGGUUGUUUACCAGAAGAACAAGGAAGAACGCAAGCGAAAUGUAUAGUCUGCAAUUAGUACUCAAAUCGCAGUCCAUUCAGCUGCAUUGCUUAAUUGGUAGACAGACUGCUUAUACACGAGCUGUCAAAGCAGUUAAAACUUCAAACUUGUAGGUCAUUCCCUUUUUAAUUGAUUAAUGAUUAAUUCAGUUUAAUUGUAAAGUUGUAAGUUGUGACCCAUAGGAUUGUCUUGCCUGCUCAUAUACCCCUACACAUGUGAAAGAUGGUCGGCCAUGGGCUCGAUCCCGAUAAGAUGCUCCGCGCCAAGCGGCGAGGUCUGUGGUCAUCUACUCUGCUCGAGGUCUGUGGACAUCUACUCUGCUCGAUAUAAAUCGUCGGAUGGUGGGAUUCAGUAGCUGAGCCUCAUCAACAAGAUGAAAUCUGUCGACAUUCGUAGUGUUCCUGCUAUGUUAAUCGUUGAUCUGAAAUGAAUCGAGAGUUGUCUAUCGCCAUUGGCCCUUUGGGUACUCGGCAUGGCAAAUGACAAGAAAUGUUUUCUGUCGUCGUCAUUUGUGUGUUUGUGUGUCAUUUCUUUUGUCUGUCGCGGGUUGCAAAAUGAAUUAAAAAAAAAAAAGGAUGGAAAACUGCUCUUCCAACUCCUUAGUGUGUUACGAUUUUCAAAAAAGCAUGCCUCCUUUUCUUUUCUGUAUGUAUCUGGCAUUCUUUUACGGAUGAGGUCAUUUCAAGAACCUAGUUUUAUGGUAUGAUCCAGCCGGGUAAUGGUCAAAGCCUCCACGUUCAGAAUCUGAAUGCAUUGAAGCGCGUUCAAUGAACGUGCGUGAACAAG